AUGAAGGCUAAGAUUGUACUGCUUUGGAGUUUGGCAGUCAGUGUGUGUACAAGCUUCACAUCAGUGGGAGGUGAGUUCAUACUGACAGUCAACUUGGUCAACUACACCAACCCAACCGGACUGUGUGCUGAAUGUGCUAUUUCACUGAGUGAUGUAACAAGUGCUGGCCAGUUAGUACCAGUGUGUUGUGAUGAUCAGCCACUCAAAUCAGGCAACUGUGACAACACAGGAGAGGGGAGAUGUGACACCAGGUUCCGUUGGACCAUCAGACCAUUCAGUGCAUCACUAGAGACAAGACCCAGCAUGGGGUACUUCAUAACAGACUGUACAAUGUCCCCCAACACUUGCCCAUUCAGUGAAAUGAGCACAACAUUCGGUCUAGGUCCAGCAACACUACUGGGAGUAACACCCAAUCCUCUACCUGUUUCAAGCACAGAUUUAACCACGUGGACAGGACGAAUACAGUUUUUUAUAGAGCCAACUGAUAGCGGACUCCCGAACAUAAUAGACAGUUUGUUGAUUAACUUGGAUGACCUCCAACUUGGAGCAGACUUCACAGAGGAGACGACGUUCACUGGAUUCCACAACGUAUCUCACAUGACCAUGAGUUUCAGAGUCGAGUGUUCUCCUGGUUUCUGUGGACCUAACUGUGCCACCACACCUCAGAACAAUCCACGAGUGGUGACAUGUCAAGCUGAUGCCUGCAACGACUGUCUCUAUAACCUGGAUAUUACUACUGGAUGUUCCACUUGCGUACAGACCAACUAUGACCCAAAUACUAACUGUGAAUCAUGCUUGGACACAAACUUCAAUCCUUUCGAUGGUUGUACAUCAUGUUUGUUGGAACUCUACAACCUACAGGCAAACUGCACCCAGUGCCUACCCAACAGAGAUCCCUCUACCAACUGCACUCAGUGUCUACCCAACAGAGAUCCCUCUACCAACUGUGCCCAGUGCCUACCCAACAGAGAUCCCUCUACCAACUGCACUCAGUGUCAACCCAACAGAGAUCCCUCUAUCAACUGUGCCCAGUGCCUACCCAACAGAGAUCCCUCUACCAACUGCACCCAGUGUCUACCAGGCAGGGACAUCACCUCGGACUGUACUAGUUGCCUACCCAACAGAGACCCAGUCACCAACUGCUCCUUCUGCCUACAACCAGACAGGUUCACUGAUACAGACUGCAGUGUGUGUGCUCUACCAGGAGGGGACCCAGCAACACUCUGUCAAACAUGCUUGGCCACUAACUUUGACCCUAACACAAAUUGCUCUGAAUGCAUAGGUAAUCGUGAUCUCGGCUCCAGCUGCUCCACUUGUCUGCCUGGAUAUGAUAGUAACCGUGACUGUGCAGUGUGUCUAUCUGGACGAAACAUAUCCACAAGAUGUACCACCUGUCUGUCUGGAUUCACUGGCAGUAACUGUGAACCUGUACUAGUUACAGAAUCUUCACUCAGUGUGGGAGUGGUGGGUGGUAUCGCUGGAGGAGUGGGUGGAGUUUUGCUGCUCAUCAUUCUAGUAAUGGCCGUGCUCCUCAUCCUACUUACAGUCCGUAUCAGAAAGAGUGGUAACCAAGACAUCAGUACUGCCACUACUACAGAUAAAGAAGUUACAGAAGUUAUGGAAAUGAAUCAAAAUCCCGUGUACAGUAUGAGUACAACUGAAACACCAACUAUGGACCAUGAAGCUAGCCACACCCACCAGUACGAGACUGUGGACACACCCAUUGAAAUGAAUCAGAACCCUGUGUACAGUACAACCAAUGCUACUAAUAUUGAAGCUGACUACUAUGAGAACGAUGGUCUGGGCCCAACGAGAAAUAAGCAGCAACCGGAAUACGAUUAUAUUCAAGUGUGAAAACUGUACUACAACAAAUAGCUUAGUGAAUAACAUUUGACUGCCUAUGCAUGU